CUCCACUUCCAUCAAACUACCCCGUUCUCCAGCCCUUUUUUUUAUUUGCACAUCCUUCUUUCUCAGCGAUUGCGUCGACCGCCAUAACUCUGGCCUCUUUCUUCCAAGUUACGAAAAAGCGCAUUUCGAAAAUUUUCCCCGUGUCAGCAUGGAAUAUCACUUUGUCCCCCCGGAGGAGCGUGCAAGAAAUGAGAAGGGCGAGCUUUUGCCCUGGGGUUAUGUUUACAAGGACGAAUCCCGCAAUCCACGCCGCGCCCCCGAGGAAUCAGGCCCAUUCGGCAAGCGCCGCAACGCCCGGUACGAACACACACGGUCGCGCACCCGCACCGGCACGCCGGCGGCCAAGCGCGAGAACCCCAACGUGACGGAGUUCGGGCGCCUGUUCGCGGCCCAGCAGGAGGACGAGAAGGUGCACAGCCACACGCUACCGAAAUCCGCGUCGGCGUCGAACGUGGAGAGCCUGCGCAAGCAGCAACAGCAGCAACAGCAGCAACAACAACAGCAACAGCAGCAGCAGCAGCAACAAGAAGCGGAGAAGGUCGCGACGGAGUGCAUCCUGUACGGGUACAAGAGCAAGGACGGGGAGUGGAAGGUGCUGGACAAGUACGAGCGGAUCUCGCAGGGGUUUAUCUGCGAGGACUACCCGCGGACGGAUCCGCACGCGCCGACGGGGUUCUCGCAGCUGCUGAGCGGCGGGGACGUGGUGAUCCGGACGGGGCUGUCGGCGGAUGCGAACCGGAAGUCGAAGCGCUACGCGGGCGGGUACCACUGGAUCAAAGUCACGUUCGACUCGACGACGGCGGCGGACCGCGCGUGUUUCUUCUCGCCGCAGGAGAUCGACGGGCACCUGGUGUUCUGUGAGCUGUACCAUGGCCGCGGCCCCGCGGAGGAUGCGCCCAUCGUGGCCGGGUCGGCGGAGGCGCUGCGCGUGCAGCAGUCCAAGGCGCCCCGCACGCUGACGACCUCGCAUUCCACCGCGUUCCUGCCCACGGGCUCCGACAAGGAGCGCCAGACCUUGCCCCGGUCGUUUGCCUUCGGCAACCUGUCCUCCUCGGUGCCGGCGGAUCUGAUGGCUGAGGAAGGGGACUCGAUGGACUCCACGCCGACGGCCAGCUCGACCACAGCCAUGGGGCUCGAGCAGCCGCCGACGGGUAGUCUGCUGCUGCAGCAGCGCUCCGUCACCAGCGCCCCCUCCGCUGCGCCACCACCCAAACCCGAAUCCGACUUCAUGACCCAUAUCCCCACGGUGCGGCGGACGAAACUGCGGCCGUUGACCGAGGCCCUCCCGCCGCAGCCCACCUUGACGGAACGGGUGCUGCGCUCCAUCCCCAUCCUCAGCUGGUUCACGGGCGAUAUCGUGGGCGACGGCCCGCAACUGCGCGAGGACGGCGCCUUCGACUACGACAAGUCCAACACAUACUGGCGGUUCUGGUACAUGAUCGACCAAAUCAUUGGCUCAGACAUCUGCGGCCUGAAGGAAGAGUCCUCGGAGGCAGCUGUCGCAACGUCCGCAGCAGCAACGACCACGGCCACGGAAUCUCCCGCAGCGCAAUCCCAACAACAACAAUUACACCACCGCUCCGCGUUCCCAGAUAAAGGCCCCCUCUUCUCGCGAACACCGCUGGAAGCCAUCGAGAACCCCAACGAUGAUACCACGACAACAACCAAAGCCCUCCAAUACUCCGGCUCCUCGAUGGGGCUGAAGGAACUGGACCCCCGCCGCCCGUUCUCCUGGGAUUGAUGUGAUGUCGAUGUUGACUCGGAGCCAGAAAAGUGGAAGAAGACAGACAGACAGACGGGCCCAGACCAGCUGGUGGCAACUGCGCAAGCAAAAACACCAUAUCCAUCCUGUACUAUAAACCCUUUCUCAUGUCUGCGCCAACGGUGGUUGCUCACACUUCUUGAUGUCAAAGAGAGCAAACAAGGGUGAAAAGAAAAAAGUCUGGUCUCAAGUUAUAUUCAUAUCUCCCCGCCUAGUCUUGUUUUUUUUUGGUCGUCUCCGCUGUUGAUGAACUUUCCAUUUCUACUUGCAUUUUUGUGGUUGUAGUGUUUGAUGAGUGAAAAAGGGCGUUACGGAUCUUUUGCUUGCUUGCACUCAUUUACGCGCGUGGAGAGGAGGGGAUAAUUGCAUAGGCACAUGGAUUUUUUGCGUAUAGACUACUAGGUAAUGAAAG